GGGAUUUCCCAAGAAAACAGGCAGAACUGCUAGGAUAGCGUCUGAUGAAGAGAUUCAAGGGUCAAAAGAUGCUGUAAUUCAGGAUCUGGAAAGAAAACUUCGCUUCAAGGAAGACCUUUUGAACAACGGGCAACCGAGAUUAACGUACGAAGAAAAAAUGGCUCGUCGAUUGCUGGGAGCAGACAGUGCUGCAACUGUCUUCAAUAUACAGGAACCAGAAGAAGAGCCUGCUAUACAGGAAGCUCGCUCUGUUGGUGCUUCUGUAGUGAGUCCUGUGGAUAUUCAAAAGGAGUACAAAGUCUCCAGCUUUGAGCAAAGAUUGAUCAGUGAAAUUGAAUACAGGCUGGAGAGGUCUCCUGUUGAAGAAUCAGAUGACGAGGUGCAACAUGGAGAUGAACCCAUUGAUAACAGUAUGUCACCAUAUUUUGAGAUAAAGCUGAAGCAUUACAAAAUCUUUGAGGGAAUGCCAGUCACAUUUACAUGCAAAGUGGCAGGAAAUCCAAAGCCAAAGAUUUAUUGGUUUAAAGAUGGGAAGCAAAUUUCAAAACGAAGUGAUCACUACCGAAUUCAAAGAGAACCUGAUGGAACUUGCUCACUGCAUACUGCAGCCUCCACCCUGGAUGAUGAUGGGAAUUACACUAUUAUGGCUGCUAACCCACAGGGCAGAGCGAGUUGCACGGGCAGGCUGAUGGUGCAAGCUGUAAAUCAAAGAGGCCGCAGUCCUUGGUCACCCUCUGGUCAGCCUCAUGUGAGAAGACCACGAUCUCGAUCAAGGGACAGUGGUGAUGAAAAUGAACCAAUUCAGGAACGAUUCUUCCGGCCUCAUUUUCUGCAGGCUCCCGGAGACCUGACUGUUCAAGAAGGAAAACUCUGCAGGAUGGACUGCAAGGUGAGUGGAUUACCGACUCCAGAUUUAAGCUGGCAGCUUAAUGGAAGACCGGUUCGCCCUGACAGUUCUCACAAAAUGCUGGUGCGUGAGAAUGGUGUGCACUCCUUGAUCAUAGAACCAGUCACAGCCAGAGAUGCUGGAAUCUACACCUGCAUUGCCAGCAAUCGAGCUGGUGAAAAUACAUUCAGCCUGGAGCUCAUUGUCGCAGCUAAGGAAGUGCACAAAGCACCCGUGUUUAUAGAGAAGCUACAAAACACGGGGGUGACUGAGGGAUUCCCAGUGCGACUGGAGUGUCGAAUCUCGGGGGAGCCAUCUCCUCAGAUCUUUUGGAAGAAAGAGAACGAGUCACUCAUGUACAACACGGACCGAGUGAGCAUGCACCAGGAUAACUACGGCUACAUUUGCCUGCUUAUUCAGGGAGCUACAAAGGAGGAUGCUGGCUGGUACACCGUUUCAGCUAAGAAUGAGGCUGGGAUUGUGUCUUGCACUGCCAGGUUGGAUGUUUAUACUCAGUGGCAACAACCACCUCAGACAACCAAGCCAAAGAAGGUGCGGCCCUCAGCCAGCCGGUACGCUGCACUUUGUGACCAAGGACUAGACAUCAAAGCAGCUUUCCAGCCUGAAGCAAACCCAGUCCACCUGGCAAUGCAGUCUGGCUUGGUAGAGAGCGAUGAUCUGUAGGUGAUCCAACUGCCGCUUCCAUCAUUUUCUUUCAAAGCAGAAACACUGAAAGCCAUUGCCUUGACCAAUGAUACUCCUAUGUCACUUUAUGCAAAGGCAGACACCUUCAAGUACAAAAGAUAAACGACAAACACAGUAACCAUAUAUUCCUUACUCAUUAUACCAAAUUAGAAGAAUAGAUAGAUUAUUAGUAGAAACGUACACACUGCACAACAAAUCACAUUCACCAGUUCCUUAUACCUAAGUUGCUUCAGCUCUUACGAGUAGCCCUUCUCAUAAAGGCCAAAAUACGUCAGAGAGACCGAUUUUUCAGAAGAGAACACUGUUUAUCACGACAUGCCUUCAUAAGCAAUAUGCAGAUGCUACACAAUCUUAAUGGUGCAAGAUGUUUUCUUUGAGGCCAUUAGAUCACAAAGAAAAUUCGAAUGUGUGGUUAUCCGUAGUUCUGAAACGGCAAUGCAUUCUGGUAGCUACAAUGAACAAGUGCAAUAUUGUAAGAAUAAAACAGGAAGGGACAAGGAAGAGAAACGUAAGCAAAUGCUGUAUCGCUGCAAACUGCUUCCUAUUCUGCA